GUGGUGGCACAUGUGCUAGAGUUAGUCCAACCGAUUCGAAGACGCAGUUUUAAGAAGACGCGCUGAGAUUGGAAGCUCUGCGUUGUGUGUCCUGGAGGGAGCCACACAGCUUACAGCAGCUGUAAGAAUUUUCACAGCAGAAAAGCCCUAAAGUACAGUCUGAAGAUUCUGUUCAUCAGCAAGGAAGAUGUACUUCACUAUGGACUGAUUUGUUUGAUGGUGUUGAGGAGGACUGAAACAGCAUCAGAAGUAUGAUGUCUGGCAACCUAGAACUCAAACUUGUGGCUAAUAAUGCCAUUGAGAUGGAUGGCAUGAAAGUGGACACUGACUAUCUCUCGGGCGCCCCUGUGAUAAGUGUGCAGCAGACUGACAUACAGUCAAACGACAAUAAGGCGAAUCUCCAGGAUUGCAGAGACGGGAUCGCUACAUCAGCUGAUAACCCAACUGAUCCUCUUAAUACUUUUUCACAUAUUGAAGCCAAUAUGGAAAGUUCAACAUCAGGUGAUGGUAUGCCUGCUGCUAAACAUACUGCCGGCAUCAGUGAUGACACGGAGGAUACAGGACAUAGACCUAGCAUCACCACCAGCAGCAACUUAAAGGUGGCAUCUGCUAUCAGGUCAUCUGAUACAAAAAAAUACUCAGGAUGGUUCCAGUGCCCUGACUGUGGACAGAAGGUGAGGGGGAAGGCCAUGUUUCGAUCUCACAUGAAGCUCCUCCACAGCGGUUCCUCGAAGACUAAGACAGUGGUUAAGAGAAACACAUCUAGGUUCAAGUGUGGAGAGAGAGUUAAAGGAAAGAAAAACCUCAGCCAACAUUGUUUCUUUGCCCACAAAGGCCAGACAAGAAUAAAGAACAUUGCCAAAACUAAAAAAAAUUGUUCGUCAAACCCUCCAAGAUGUGCAGUGUUUGCAGAUUCCACAAGUCAGCGUAGCACUUAUGUUGAAAAGUCCAACACAGAAAUUAAACACCUUAGACUAGGACCUUGGUUCACAUGUCGGAGCUGUGAUCAUAUUUUCAAAGGAAGGUCACAGCUACAAGAACAUGUUAGACUGAAACACCAAGGCUUGAAUGAAACAUGCAAGAUCCAGCCAAGCAUACCCCAAAUCACACACUCUGCCAAAUCUGAGCAAUGUCAAGGAUCUGGGGACAGGAAAUUGAUGGAUGAGGCUGGGGCAGAACUUGCACCGGAAUGUCCAGUCGGAAAUCAGGAUGGUGAGUCAGUUGUCGGUUCUAAUGAGAAAGAAUUAUCACAUACAAAGCAUCGAAUUUGGCAUCAAUGUGACCUUUGUGGAGUCAAGGUCGAGGGGAGAAAGAAACUACAAAGACAUAUUGGUAAAUGUAAAGGUAAAAAACAGACAACUCCCACUGUGAUGACUUUGCAAACAAGUCUCAGCGCUUAUGAGACCAGUGCCACGAUAAAUCGAUCUUGGUAUAAAUGUAAGCAUUGUUGUAGGCAUUUCAGAGGAAAAAAAAGGUUUAUGCAACAUAUUCCUUUGUGUGUGAAAGCACCACAGCAUGGUGCAGCAUUGUGGCACAGGAUGUCCCACUUGAAACAGUGCGCUUGGUACCGAUGUUCCGGCUGUCAACACACAUUUAAAGGGAAGAAAAGAAUCCAAUUACAUGCCUUUGAGUGCCACACUGGAGCUCAGUCAUCCUGUCCCAGUGUUGAGAAUGGCAAACAGUCUUUUGAAAAGAGGUCAGGUCAUACCUGCACACUGUGUCAGAAGCACUUCCAGCGAUGGCUAUAUUUAGAUAAGCACAUGAGAAAGUGUCAAGGUCGACAAAGGAAGAUAAAUCUGUCAGAACAAGGUAGUAUCGAUGAUCUACAGAGCAGCGAACACAGACUUGGACAGGAGCAAGCUGAGAGUUGUGGGGUACGAGAUGACAAUGCUCAUAAAGGACAGACAAUUGAAAAGAAUGAUGAAUCGAGGGCACUUAAAACACAGGUGGAUGGUGAUGCCUCGAGUCAACUUACCUUGGUCUUUCUGCAGGAUGGCUCAUGGUACAAGUGUGAAAUCUGUGGACAGAAUUUGCGAGGGAAAGAACAGAUUAAGAAACAUUCACAUGACCAGAACAAUAAGGAAUUGGAAUCUCUUAAUACCUCUUGUUCGGAAUCUGAAUUCCUUAAAGUUGGUAGUUGGCAUGGGUGUAAAAUCUGUGGUAAGAAGUUGCGAGGGAAAGAACAGGUGAAGAGUCACGCCCAUGCCCAUAAGAUUAGGAACCAUGAACAACAGGAACUUCACAAUGUCACUGGUUUGGAAUCAAAUUUCCUAAAAGUUGGUACUUGGCGUAGGUGUAAAGUCUGUGGUGAAAACUUGCGAGGGAAAGAACAGGUGAAGAAUCACUCACAUGAUCUGAAGGUUGUGAAUCCUGAUGAUGGAAAAACAGAAUGUCCUAACCUUAGUCCACCAUGUUUGGAUUUCAUACAAUUUGGAACUUGGUACAGUUGUAAAGUCUGUGGUCAGAAAUUACAAGGCAGGAAACAAAUGCAGGCACAUUCACAUUCACAGCCAGUUGACGAUAAGGUUCAGGGAAACAGCCUGGGCACUGGUAUUCAGAAUGGUUUGAGGUCAGUGGAAGAUGGAUUUAUUCAAGUUGGUAGUUGGUACACAUGUAAGUCAUGCCGUGUGCGGUAUAGAGGUAGACACAGUGCAGAAGUGCAUCAUCGUUACAAGUGUUUUCUGGGAGUAGGCGGAGACUGCCAUAAGGACUUGCUUCCAGAACAUCAGCCAGAACACUGCAGUGAUCCUAUACAAGGACAGGAUGGAGUGUUAUGUCAUGACGUACAACCAACCAGGGAUGACAUUGCACAUGACACCCACCAACCAACCUGUGAUGACAUUGCACAUGACAUCCACCAACCAACCAGUGAUGACAUUGCACAUGACAUCCACCAACCAACCUGUGAUGACAUUGCACAUGACAUCCACCAACCAACCAGUGAUGACAUUGCACAUGACAUCCACCAACCAACCAGUGAUGACAUUGCACAUGACAUCCACCAACCAACCAGUGAUGACCAACAAGUGAUGACAUUGCACCUGACAUCCACCAACCAACAAGUGAUGACAUGCAGCAUGACAAUCACCAACCAACAAGUGAUGACAUGGCACAUGACAUCCACCAACCAACCAGUGAUGACAUUGCACAUGACAUCCACCAACCAACCAGUGAUGACAUUGCACAUGACAUCCACCAACCAACCAGUGAUGACAUUGCACAUGACAUCCACCAACCAACCAGUGAUGACAUUGCACAUGACAUCCACCAACCAACCAGUGAUGACAUUGCACCUGACAUCCACCAACCAACAAGUGAUGACAUGCAGCAUGACAUGCACCAACCAACAAGUGAUGUGCAAAGACAUGGAGAAAGUGAGCAGUAUGGUAGUGUUGACCAAGCAGUGUCAUCCAUGGUCAAUGUAAACUUGACUGUUCGUGACUACAUUAUUAAGAAUAGGAAGUGUUGGGAGUGUCGUGUUUGUUCAAAGAUGAUCCUGUCCUGGAUUGGUGCAUUCAAGCAUGUGCGGAGCCAUUUUACAUGGCCUAGUCUUGAUUGCAGCAUUUGUAACAAAUCAUUUUCUUCAUCUGGGAAUCGCAUUAAGCAUGAACGGAUACACGACACAGGAAAUGGCUCAUCAGCACUAAAGAAACGCUGUCUUAAGAAGUCCCUUCAUUCAAGUCCUCUGCAAAGGAAAACUAUGAAUCCCUCAAAUUUGACCAGCAGGAACAGAAAAAAAAUCUCAAAACCAACGACAGCUGCUGCCUGCAGUCAGAAAACUAACAU